UGCAUCAACAGCAUCGUUGCUGGCGGAAAAAUGACCGAUCCCGGGAAGCGUGAUACGGCGCGCGGUUCAGUUUGUUGCAAUGAUCGACACCGAUCGGAUCGAGGCGAUCAUGGAUUUGGGCAGCUUCGAACGAUCGUCGGACGAUUUCCUGGCCAACGGAUUCUACCAUCUGUACACCGAGCUGCAGGACGAUCGGGACAUUACGUUGGCCCUAGCGGAACUAACGUGCCCCACGACCCAAACUUCGGAGCUCAAAGAAGAUACAGUGCAUCCUUGUCCAGCAACAACCGAUCUACCGUCGUUAAACUCACUCGAGCUUCUGCCUACGCCCAAUGGGGUCGAAGUGGAUAGGCUGGAGCUGGAGCUGAACGUAGAAGAUUUCAUUCUCGAGUACAAUUGCGUAAAUUUUAGUCAACUGUGGGAAAACGAGUUACGACUGCCCGAAAACACUUACCUCUGUGAUGACUCCUGUGAAGCGUUUAUCCGACAAUCGGAUCCACAUGAAGACAAAGCGGCGCCCACAAUGGGUGAAAUCACGCAAUCGGAGGACUUGUCCCAAACGCUACCUGCGGCCGUGUCGUCCAGCGUACAGCAACCGUGUGAAGCCGAACCCGACUCGACCGGGACGUUCGUUUGUCCGUUUGAAAGUUGCCGCAAAGUGUACGCCAAACCGGUGCAUUUGAAAGCCCAUCUACGCCGGCACGUAGGCGAUAAGCCGUAUCACUGCAAGUGGCCAGGAUGUCAGUGGCGGUUUUCGCGGUCGGACGAACUGUCGCGUCACUUCCGGUCCCAUUCGGGUGUGAAACCGUACCGGUGUGAGUACUGCCCAAAGUGUUUCUCCCGAUCGGACCAUUUAGCCAAGCACCGGAAAGUCCACGAGCGUAAGAUGAGCGUGGGACCGGCGGGGAAGUUGAAGAGUGGUGUCGGUGCAUUCGUUGGAGUUGCGCCGGCAAGAGGACGACCAGGCCGGAAACCGAAACAGGCCGCAGUGAAACGAUCGUGAUCGUGAGCAAUGUACGAGUAACUUAA